CUCCCCGCCUGAACCCUAGCUAGCUCGUUGCCCGGGGGAUGGUGGCGAAGAAGCCGGCCGCGGCGGCGGCAGCCGGCCCGGAGGCCGAGGAGCGGAAGCGCCUGCGGUCGUUGGCCUUCUCCAAGGGCCUGCUGCAGCGCGGGGAGCCGGCGGCGCCGCGGGCGGCUCUCCCGCCGUCCGGCGCCGUGGCGCGGCUGCAGGGGCGCGACAUCGUGCGGCCAAGGGGCCAGCGCAGGAGCCGCUUCCUUUUCUCCUUCCCCGGCCUCCUCGCGCCCGCCGCCGGCGCCGGCGGCCGCGUCGGGGAGCUCGCCGACCUCGGCACCAAGAACCCCGUCCUCUACCUCGAGUUCCCGCAGGGGAGGAUGAAGCUGCUGGGCACGCACGUGUACCCCAAGAACAAGUACCUCACGCUGCAGAUGACCAGAUCCGCCAAGGGCGUCGCCUGCGAGGACGUCUUCGAGAGCAUGAUUGUGUUUUCCGAAGCCUGGUGGGUCGGGACCAAGGAAGAGAACCCCGACGAGCUCAAACUCGAGUUUCCCAAGGAGUUACAGAAUGCUGCGGAAGAUGUCGAUUUUAAAGGUGGAGCAGGCGCUGCCAGUGGUGAGGUAGUUACAGUAAAUAAACCCAGGAAGCAGGCUGCUGUGCCCCGCACAGCAGAGCCCAGUACGCCAGAGUUUGAAUCUGAUGCUGAUUCUGAGGAUUCCGAUGUUAAGGAUGAGAUUGGCACGCAGACUACGAGUGACACACCUGUUAGGAAGUCUGCCAGAACUGCUGGGAAAACCUUCAAAUUCUCAGAGCUCGCUGGAGGAGAUUCGGCUGACAGUGACACUGAAAUUGAGUUCGCCGAUGACUUGGAUAAGAAGAUGGAGACUGAAGAAAUUAAGGAAGAAAUCCCAGGUGAAGACAUCAAGGAAGAAAUCCCAAGUGAAGACAUCAAGGAAGAAAUCCCAAGUGAAGACAUUAAACCUGAAGAUUCUCCAGCAGAGUCUCUUUCUAUCAAGAAGCAAUCACUUGUUCAGGCGAAUUUGUCUGCCAUGUUUAAAAAAGCAGAAGAAAAAAAGAGACCUACAACUACAAGAAGUCCUAAAGGAUCUCCAGCUACAAAAGGUCCUGCUGCUAAGAAGCAGCGAGCAACUCCAACGAAAAAACAGACACCAGCGAAGAAGGAAGCAAGCGGAUCCAAGAAGAAGCAAAAACCAAAGGUAGACGAAGAUGAAAUUGAAGAGCUCUCGGAUGAUACCUGUCAGGAUGACGAUGCAGGUCCUGUUGCUAAGAAGCAGCGAGGAACUCCGAAGGGAAAACAGUCAGCAGCGAAGAAGAAAGCAAGCGGAUCUGGCAGAAAGCGAAAACCGAAGGUAGACGAAGAUGAAACCGAAGAGCUCUCAGAUGACCCCUCUCAGGAUGAUGACAUGGAUGAUGUCGACGAAGACGAUGAUAGCGAUGAUGACUGGGCCGAGUGAAGGAUUAGGCGGGAGCGACAAGGCCCAGAUCUGGCAUCGCUGUGAAGAGGAUGGAUCGGGGGCGACCCUCCCUCGCGCUGGGUUAUUGUAGCACGCCACGCGGGCAUCCCGGUUCUUUGCGAUGAGCAGUGAGCACUGGCCAUCGUCGUAGUCGAUGUAGAAAGCUUUUAGAGCGUGUGUAACAAGUCUCGUGUAUGUGUAUUACAUGGAUUCAGCUUCUGUUGGUGGUGAAGGAGCUGGUUAUCGUCAGGCAGUUGAUUUGCUAGACGUGUUGUAAUAAUAUAGGAGCAGAAACUGUGAGAUGAUUCACAAGAAUGAUCAGUCGUGGUUUGUUAGAUUGAUUGAAUCGUAUAUAUAUUCUGGUGCAGAGUGGCUUGCCGAACUUUUUAAA